UCAAAAAAAAAAAACCCAUACAUUUUAGAGAGGGAGUGUGUGUGUAGGUCUUAUUGAUCCGAAUUAGGGGCUGAUCCGACAUUGGUUCAGUCGCUCUAGAGAAAAAUAGACCCGAAGAAGGCGCGAAAUAGUUGGUGAAAUAGUCGCGAACUACCCCGAAUUAAUCCGAAAUAACCGUGAAGAAACCGAAAUGGCAGAAGAAUAUCACGAAAUAGUUCGUACGCUGCGAACCCAAAGGAUUUCCCCUAGGCUGCUUGUUAGACUACUUUUCAAUAGAUUACUGUAGUCUUUCGAAAAACGACAUAUAUACAACGUAUCAAACUUUUUAGCUGUACACCCGUUGACACAGCAAUGCACGGCGCUUUUUGCAGCAUUUGGCCCCAUGCGAUGGGUAGAUUAUGGGGCUGGCUAGAACGGGUCACGGCGCUUAUUGUUCGGACGUGAUUACGGGUCUGUCAUGUCAGUGCGGCGUGUCCCAAGCCGACGAGGCGCUUUAGAUACGUGUCUUUCGCUAUGUGAAUCCUAGAGAACGGAGUACGCCUUUUGGUCGCAUAUCCUUGCCCUACGAAUUCCUAGUGGGCCUUCCGAUCGCCAGGUCUCCGUGGUAGCCGUGGUUUGAGCUCUACGAGGAAAACAACGCAACACAGUGCAGAUCAGAGACGUGUCCCUACACAAAUCGUUUCGACAUGAAAUUAAUUCGGGACUCACAAAAUGCUUGGCACAUUCGAGAAACAGCUCGCUUGUUUGGCUGGAUCCCAGGAAGCAGCGGUGAACUUGAGGUAUCACUGUGGCUGCUGAUCCCAGAAUCAGCAUUUGUGCUGAGCGCACUAGUGGUGCAUGCUGCCCACGAAUACACGUACCCACCCAACUGGAGUGUCACCUCAUACGGUGCAACGCGACUAGUCACGGCAGUCACUAUGUUCAUCGACUCAGUAGUGUCAGCCGUGGCGAUGUUGCAGUGGGGCUGGAAGCGAAGCAGUGCUGGACUCCGUGACCUGCUAGACACACCUGAGAUCCGAGCAGACGCGGCGCGGCGUUCAUUUCGUGUACUGAUUCUUGCACUGAUUCAUGGGUCCGUUGCCAUCAUAGCCUUCCCAACCUUCUCUAGGGCGGCAGACGCUGCCCACUCGAAACUGUCAGCAUACCUUGUGGUCGGCAGCUUGGUAGACGACGUCCUCGGCAGCCUGCAGAUUGAGAUCUUCAGUGCACUCGUCAAUAUCCUCCACGACAGGUUAUGAAACUUUGUUGGCUGAGCAACUGAAAAGCCUAAUACCACAGUGAUUCAGAGCAAAUCUCCUCCGCAAGUUUAAAUUGAAUAGUGGACUCGUCAACGGAAUCAGCUGUUGUCCACUUUGAUGCGCCGAGAUAAAAAUAUCUUGCAAUACGGGUUAAAACUUGAAAUAUGGUAUGACACAUUCUGGAGUAUGAAGUUAAUCGUUCCUGGUAAAUGCGAAAAUCGUGCGCCACCCCGCCGGUACGCUGUACACAUCUCUAAAUUUAAUGGAAAAGUCUGACAAAACG